GGUUGUGCUACGAGCUGCUUCCGCACGGGUAUUCUCCUCUUCUGUGAGCUCUGUAGGACCCCAAAAUUCUAUCUGUCAGUCUAUUUAAGUCAUGACGGGCCUCACUUCCAUCGCGUCACUUCAAAAGCGACUCAGAUGUCUCCAACCCAAAUCAGCACUGCAAUAUCUAGCUCUGUUCUACAAAGUUAUGCGAUCCAAAAGACUGGAGCCGAGACCCCAACCGCGGCGUGCAAUACAAUUGCCCCAGAAUCUCUUACACAACCCACGUUUUGGGGCAGUUCCAUGCCCCCUUCGAGUCUCUCACCGUCAUCGACGUCCCCAAUCGAAACAGGCAACAAAUUCAUCCUCAGUCUCGGGGCAACAGGCCUGCGCGGCACCGCAGCAGGAUUGGCGAUCGGAUUUCUCGCAGCCUCCGUGGCAUGUUUUCUAGGCCUCGUCCUGACUGUAACUUUGGUGAAAUGUGGGAUCUUGAACCGCCGUUCUGGAGCAGUACGCGUCUUUGCCACUGCUUACGAUCCGUUGUCGAGGCGGAGCCUGUUCCGUUGAUUGAUAGGAAUGAAACUUGGCGUAUUU